GUGAAUUUACAAGAAGCAGACCUCGAAGCAGACCUACCUGUUCAUGUCUUAAGGGAUGAAACGUGGUGAACCAAAACUGAAGACAAAAUGCUCAAGUGGCUCCACCGACACUUGGAUGGCAAAAAUCUUUCAUCAAGCGUAGUACAUACAGCUGUUCUGAAUCCGGUAGCCUCGAGAGGGUACCUUAAGAAAGUGCUUUCGGCUGCUUUCGCAACAAUUCUACAUAAGCGUACAACUUUGGAUGCAGCCCUAUUUCGAAAUCACAAUUUUAAUGGAAUUGAUUAUAAUAUGUUUAGCGUUACAACUAAGAGCGAAAUCGUAAGGAAUUUUCGUUGUUGGACUAAAGGCGCCUUUCACGCCUUAGAGAGAAACUACCUACAAGACUUGUAUCUAGUAUUCACGAAAGUCAAUGAUCCAUCUGACGUGAUUGAAAGUUACAAAUUUAAAUUUAAGUACAGCACCGAUGCGAAGGCCUCCACAAUUACAGAUGAUGAACUGGACCGAAUGACUACCUCAUUACUCGAAUCGAUUAACGGGUUAGAUAUGCGUGAAUUACUGGAAACUGAUAAAUUUUCACCUUUUGUUAUUAUAACUUACUGCAACGACACACCAAGAGAUUACCAACCCCCAUUUCACCGUAACGAUUAUCUUACAGCAUCAACUAUAUUUAAAAAUCUAUCUACUGAUGGGACUAGACUAGAUUUGGGACACAUUCUCACAGGCUUUCACUCUGUAAAAUGCAGGGCAAAAGGCAAAUUGCUUGUACCUGAGGAAUAUGACACUACCCAAAGCAAACAUACAAGCACUGUCGAUGAAACUGCAGAGGAGCUUGAUGAAGAUGACCUGCUAACGAAUGACGAACCAGCCACGCGCGAGUUCUCGAACUCUCUGAACCUAGAUUGCCCGUGUAAUUUGCACAAAAUGUAUUGUUCGAUCAAUACGAUUGAAUGUUACAAUUGUAAAUCGUUGAAACAUACACCUUGUGUACAGUUCUUUUCGGCCAUCUCGGACAAGUAUUUAUGCGACCAGUGCCAAAAUUCCCCGGCUCUGACUCCGAGACAAAUCGUUUUGCAGCAGGAGACCUCGGUUUAUCGGCUUGCAGUUGUCUUCGCAUAUUUCAACCGUAUUGUCCCUUCAGACGUGCUAGAUUCUGCACCUCCGCAAUGUAAAUUUGUUGUUUUACAGAAACUUGUAAAGCGUAAAAUACUAUCAUAUGAUGGCAUAAAAUAUAAUUUGGAUCCAAAUCAACUGGACAUAGCUGCGCUGCAGGUAUUUGGAACAGACUCGGAUACGAAUAUGAUAUGUGCACCGGAGAGUAGUACACUUACAAAUUAUGAUUCCAAUAGCAUCAUAUUCAGUGGAGCUUCUAAGAAGCGUAAACUAUUUUGAUUAUCAGGGUUCUUUUGUCACAUUUCUGAGUUCAAUAUUUUGUCCAUUUCAUUGUGUUAUUUUGAGUAAAAUAUCAUGUUUCAA